AGGAGGAUUCCGGAGAUUCCCGAGAAGCUGUUAUUUCUUUCACAUGGUGGCAUUUCCAGCGGAGCCUGAAGUGGAAAGCCUGAGGGAGACGAGAGGGAAAGGUCCGCCUGAGCGCCGGAUCCUGCAAUCCCAUCCAGUGACGUGAGCAGCAAUCCAAUCUCCUUCCCUGGGGAGACGGCGAGCUCCGAGUGAGCAGCAACCUCAGCAGCAGACGCCACUGAUCGCUCACCGAGCUCCGAGCGAGCAGCAACCUCAGCAGCAGAUGCCAGCGAUCGCUCGCCGAGCUCCGAGCGAGCAGCAACAUCAGCAGCAGACGCCAGCGAUCGCUCGCCGAGCUCCGAGUGAGCAGCAACCUCAGCAGCAGACGCCAGCGAUCGCUCGCCGAGCUCCGAGUGAGCAGCAACCUCAGGGGCAGACGCCAGCGAUCGCUCGCCGAGCUCCGAGCGAGCAGCAACAUCAGCAGCAGACGCCAGCGAUUGCUCGCCGAGCUCCGAGUGAGCAGCAACCUCAGCAGCAGACGCCAGCGAUCGCUCGCCGAGCUCCGAGUGAGCAGCAACCUCAGCGGCAGACGCCAGCGAUCGCUCGCCGAGCUCCGAGCGAGCAGCAACAUCAGCAGCAGACGCCAGCGAUCGCUCGCCGAGCUCCGAGUGAGCAGCAACCUCAGCGGCAGACGCCAGCGAUCGCUCGCCGAGCUCCGAGCGAGCAGCAACAUCAGCAGCAGACGCCAGCGAUCGCUCGCCGAGCUCCGAGUGAGCAGCAACCUCAGCAGCAGACGCCAGCGAUCGCUCGCCGAGCUCCGAGUGAGCAGCAACCUCAGCGGCAGACGCCAGCGAUCGCUCGCCGAGCUCCGAGUGAGCAGCAACCUCAGCAGCAGACGCCAGCGAUCACUCGCCGAGCUCCGAGUGAGCAGCAACCUCAGCAGCAGACGCCAGCGAUCGCUCGCCGAGCUCCGACUCUCUCCAGGAAAACUUGGAAUCGUGUCUCUCCCCCUUCUAUCCUCCGGACGGGCAGGAAGGUCUGGCAAUGCCACGCUGAAGGUCCCGGGCUGCCAGGUCCACCACACGCUACACAUCUCAAGAUGUUCGCUGCCCCUUUAAUAGCCAUGGGGGCCACCCUGGGCACCGCCUCGGGGGUCUUCACCCUCUGCGGGCUCCUGUUCCUGUGCAGGUAUCUGCGGAAGAGGAAGAUGUCACCGGACAGCGGGGAAGGGACGCCGGUCACCAUGGCCAACGUUCUGCAAUCGGGGCAAGUGAUGAAUGUUUAUAAAUGUACGGAGCCGGUCCAGCCCCAGGCAAAGCUCCGCUUCCCUCACGUCAUCUCCUCCAAGCAGACGUCUCCGGAGAUCGUUAAUUGCAAAGAUCGCACUUUGAAGGCGGCGGGAAGCGAUGAGAUGGAUGCAAAUGAGGAUGCGGAAAACCCAACGCUGACAACUAUCUCAGGAGCGCUGAUAUCAGAUCAGUGUGUGAACACUCCCUCUUCUGACAAUGAGGACUCGGAGAAAGUGAACAGCCCACAUCACACACCGAAGCUGCGUUACUCCCUUGGGUAUGACCGUCAGACAGCCGAGCUCUGUGUGUCUUUCCUGGAAGCUGUAGGUGUUCUGCUGCCUGGAGAGGAGGAUUCUGGGAGUCAUUGCUACGUUAUGGGCACGCUGAAGAAGCAGCGCGGACGGACGGAGGCGCAGACCGCCUUGGUGAAAAGAUCCGCCCACACAGUCUGGGAAGAAGCUCUGUUGUUCCCCCUGCAGGAGGAGGACCGAGCCCAGGCCACGCUGACCCUCACCCUGCGCCACUGCGACCGAUUCUCCAGGCACCAGGUGGCCGGGGAGAUCACCCUGAGCCUGGCCAAUGUCGGCAUACCGUUUGGCACGGCGCGGUGGGUGGAUCUCAGGGCACCCGAAAAGGAAGCUGAGUAUUCUAGUGAAGUCCUCCUGUCUAUGAGUUACUUACCGGCAGCCAAUCGUCUUAUCGUGGUCCUGAUCAAAGCCAGGAACAUACAUUCCAGCCAAAACAACAACCUUCUGGGAAAAGAUCUCUACGUGAAGGUCACUCUCUGGCAUCAGUCUCAAAGACUCAAGAAGAAACAAAGCAAAAGGGCAAAGCACAAAAUUAAUCCUGUCUGGAAUGAGAUGAUCAUGUUCGAGGUGCCGCCGGAGCUGCUGAAAGAGGUCAGCGUAGACAUAGAUAUGCUCUGCCAGGAACCUGGUGGGGGCCCAAGUUAUUCCCUGGGGACCUGCGGUCUGGGGUCACAUCAGACUGCUACAGGAAAAAGCCAUUGGCAAGAGAUGAUUGACAACCCCAGGAGACAGAUAGCCAUGUGGCACCGCUUGCUUUCAUGAGAGAAGUCGGGACCGCCAGUCGGGUCACACCAGUUCACAAUCAGCAUGUCACCCAGGGGGAGAGACACGGCACAACCCUUACAGCACUUCACCGUCCAAAAAGUCUCAUCAGCCCACAAAUUAGACACAAACAUAAGGUGGCCGAUGCGGGUCGUGAUGUCCAAAGAAAAACAAAUGCCACCAUCAGCAAAGAUGGCUUCACUUUGUAAUAGGAGUCAUUGGUAUUUAUUGUGUGUAUCGUCUUCGUCAUAAUUCAAUGGCAGCAUGAAUGUCAAGAUGGACCUGAUUUCCACACGGUUCCUAUGUGUUCUACCACAAUGUGACCUCGCUUCACAAGAGACAAAAUCACUUUAAAGGUGCAUUCCAGGCAACUAUUUAAAGCGGAGUUCCGGCCACAAUUUCACUUUUUAAAUAUAAAUACCCCUGUAAUACACAAGCUUAAUGUA